AUGGACUCACUGGUUUUAUAUAUUGCAGUUGGAGCAAUUUUAAAGAUGCCUAAUCUAUCUUCAGGAAUCACUUAUAACGUGGAAGUGAAUGACAUUUCACGUUUCUCUUGCUAUACUGAACCAUUAGAUGAUGCAAGCCCAAAGCCCAAGGUCAUUAAAUUGUACCUUGGUUCACAAAAUUUGAAAAUCAGUUGUCAUUUAUAUACUGUAAAUGAGGAGGAUACUUUGGAGAACAGAAAAAAGCUUCUUCUGCUAUAUACCUCGUCAGGGCUUGCUCCCACCAUUGAGAUCUUCAACAGUACCUAUUCUGGGAUCUUCUACUUCAGAAUGAAGCUGGAAGAAAGUCAGUCUACCUGGACUACUGAUAUCCCCAGAAGAAAUAUUACAUAUAAUACAGAUAUUGCUCCAAUAGAGGAAUGGUUUGUAAGAUUCACCAUGCAUCAUAGAUUAAACAUGUUUACUACUGAAGGAACACUACUAGAUGUUUUUAGAGAGCCUCUUCUUCAGUGGCACCUUGGCAAACCAAUAAACUAUACUGAAAUUGAUGCUCUAAUACCCGAUGUAAUAAAUAUCACAGUGUCAAAAUGCCCCUGCGCUAAUGAUGUGGCAGUAAUUGCUCUUAUAUGCAACGAUACAGUACAUGGAAUUUAUUUAGGAGUUACCCGGUCUGGAUUUAUCUCUCGAGAAACACAGUGGUUCAAUAUGACAAACAGCCUGUGUAGUCUCCUAGACGAUGACUGUGCUGGCCUUUCACUUGUGAAUAUAAUCUUAACGAACAAUCAUUUAAUAAUCCUCACUACAUUGGGCCUUUUCAUCAGUCAAGAUCUACGCUAUCCAACUGGAAGGAUUUUAAAUUUCACCAAACCAAGCUUCUGUGGCUUUGAAAGGGAUGAUUAUUUCAGCGCAAAUGUAUGGUAUAAUGUGCAAUGUCUAGCUAAUGCAGAGAGCUAUGAAGUGGAUUACAUUAGUCUCUCAUUCAACAAAGAUAAGACAUUAAGCCAGGUAUCUACCUGUUUCUAUAGUAAUGAUCCAUAUACAGAAUGGUACAGUUGCUUGCCCCAUAGAAUUCAUGGUGGAAAGACACUUUCUAGACGAGUAGUGGCAUUUCUUAUUGACUAUCAGCAGAACACUGGAAUAGGUCUUAUAACUGUUCAGAAUAAAGCAAUGGUCUCGGUGUACAAGAUAACAGACCACAAAUUGAACAGGCAAACAAAAUUUCCAGUGUUCUGGUUUCCAGACCCUAAGUUUUUGCCUUUUGGAAUGUUUUUUCACCCAGGAAGUCACUUUCUCUAUGUUUAUGGAAGCCAGGUCUGGUUUUCUGAUGAUGGAGGCAACACUUUUAUGUUGCUAAUCACUCUGGAGAAUGAAAUAAUUAUAAAAACAAAUACGUGUGUUUAUAGUCACUCAGUGGCAUUUGUGACGGACAAGGGAAACAUCUUCUUUACUAAGGCAGGUUUAGAAAGAUAUGCCAAGCUUACGACAUCAGCACACAAUGUUUUCAAUUUGUACUAUGACCACUUGGGGUCUUUAAACAUAAUUUCUCUGAAUGAAUCAGUCUCUGAUAGUCUGGAAAUACACCUGCUUGAUGUUAUCACUCUAAUACAGCAGGAUGACAUAGGUUUUGAUGGCCCAUUGUCGCCACAAUACAUCACUGAACAGCAAAUGGUAUUUUUUGAACAUAUCCCAUUGAAUGGAAAAUCAAGAAGUGUUCAAAAGUCAAGAUUUUAUGGUCUGCACAAAGGCAAGGUUUUACAAUAUUGGCCAAGUGGAUCAGCUACAAUAGUAAAUGUUUUCCAUCAUGAAUAUCCUCCACAAUAUUUAUCCUCUGUCAUCGUAGAUGUUCUGGAAAAGUUUCCCUUUGAAUCUGAAGAUAAAAACUCCUUUAUACAUAAUUCUUUAAGUAUUCUGAAGGUGUCAGACACCACCAGAGUUAAGCUUCAACUUGGUUCUGAAUAUAAUAGUUCGGAGAAGGUUGUUUCUUCAAGUCUUCAUGUAUUUAAAUCUUCUGAUAUUGAGAAGACUGUGGUGAUUCCUGGCUUUAGCAGCUUCCUGAUUGUUGAAGUUCUGGAUAGUCUGAAUGCUUUGGCAGAUGCUACCAUGCCUGAGAGAGUGCCUUUCAACAAAACCUUUACCUCAGACAUGUGGUUUGUGUAUGACUUUGGCACUAAGAAUGGAAGAAAAUGGAAGAUUAUAGUAGACAGCUGUAGAUACUGGGUAAAAGAACUUAAUAAUCUACCACUGAAUGCCAUUAAAUACCUGGAUCUUACCCAAACCUUCAAUUUUGGAUUCAGAGUAACCCCUGUUAAUACAGCCUAUCCAAUCUUUCACAUGCCACUAAUGAAGCUAGUAGUUGGAAAUCCAUCCAUAUUUAAAGUGAAGGCAAAGGAUUACUGGGAUGACACUGAUAGUUACACCAUGGAAUUCUCUGUUACUAACAAUUUUUACAAACAAGGUAAAUCUUCAAUGGCUGUCAUUCUCACAAAAGCAUCACUUGUUUGUGAUGUGUCAACAAUUGUGCUAACAGUGAAGAGUGGCUGUUCGUACAGUAAAUCGAUGCACUACAUUUCUCCAGUUUCAAUCUCUGCCCAGAGUUGGCUGCAUGGAGACCCAAAAGACCCAUAUGGUUUCAAACUCUUAAAACAGUUGCCGGUAAACUACAGGCCUCCGUCUAAACUGGGAAUAGCUGUUCCACUCACUGAUAACUUUUAUAAUGCUGACCCCAGCAAACCUAGAAUGAGAGAUUAUUUUGCUGGAUCAAAACUCAUACAAAUUAAGUUGAAGGAAGACUUCGAGAAAUUUCAAACCGAAAAGCCCCUAAAGGCUGCUGAAGAUCGUAAAAGUCUCAAAAAAUGCAAACAGGAAUUGGCAUUGUACAGGUCAUCAUUAUCAGCUUUGAAAAACAGGGAUGGAGAAUCAGUAACUGAUCAAACAGAGAUGGAGGCAAUCUGCAGGGAUAUCUAUACCCAGGUGUUUGCAUCUCGUAUAGACAUCCCAAUGCCAUCACUUCAGGAAACCAAAGAACACAUACUUCGGGUUCUCAUUAGUGAAGUCUGUCACGCAGUCCAUCAAAUGACAGAGGGGAAGGCUCCAGACUUGAAAGGUGGGAUUAAUAUCAAUGGAGAGCGGCUAAACCAUCUCAAGUUCACAGAUGAUGUAAUGCUGAUAGUUAAAAAUACAGCCCAGCUUGAGAGAAUGCUUAAACAACUGAACACGAAAAGUAGUCAAGUUGGAUUAAAAAUGAAUCAAUCCAGGAUGGAAGUUCUGGUGAAAAAUGAGGUGAGAGUGAAUGAAGGAAGAGACCCAUCCCCGAGUAGCCAGGUGGUUGAGGCACUCACAUCGGAUGUGGUUCAAGUCCCUGCUCUGCCUGCUUUGGAACACGGACUUGAACAUGUGAUUCCCACAUCUCAUAAUUCUGGAGCCUACAAGCAGUGUGCUAACAAGUCAACUCGAGCAGAAUGUAACUGCAAUGAUAACGAGAAACUUUCCUUUUUUGUUGCUUUCUCAGAUUGCAAGGAGAAGGCUUUGAGGAUGAAAUAUCCAGUUACAAGACUUCCAGUCCAUUUCAGAGUUGACAGUGAGAAUGAAUAUACACCACUGGUAUCUCCCUUUUUUGUCACAGUCACAGAGGUUAACCAUAGGACAAACUGGGAAGUUGCAGGUACCAAUGAAACACCAAGCAUGUUAAAAAUGAGAGCAUAUUUAGCUGAUAAACUCAACAUUACACUGUAUAAUCCAGAAGGCCUAGCCCUAAACAUAUAUGGGUCUGAGCUUUUUCAUUUCAGGGUAGCAACUAUUCCUGGAGUCUCCUUUUGUAAUCUACUUGAUGAAUUUCAGAUUUAUGUUGAUGAAGCUCCUUUGGCCUUCCCAGGACAAUAUCUUGUUAGCACAGUAACAGCUGUAUUAGUAGGAGGCAUCAUCUUUGUCAUAUUUAUGCUGCAAAUAUAUAAAAUAAACAUAUGGAACAAAGUGAAAAGUAAAGUGAGGAAAAAGAACAAAGUAUCGGUGUCUGAAACCUCAGCAACUGUUACUUCUGCUUCUUCCUAG